AUGCUUGAAACUGCAGAGCUACACUUCAAUGUGGAUCAUGGCUACCUGGAGGGCCUGGUGAGAGGAUGCAAAGCCAGCCUCCUAACUCAGCAGGACUAUGUCAACCUAGUGCAGUGUGAGACCUUGGAAGAUCUGAAAAUUCAUCUCCAGACCACUGAGUAUGGCAACUUCCUGGCUAAUGAAACAAACCCUCUCACUGUUUCCAAAAUUGACACAGAGAUGAGGAAAAAGCUCUGCAGAGAGUUUGACUAUUUCCGGAAUCAUUCAUUGGAGCCCCUGAGCACAUUUUUCACCUACAUGACAUGCAGCUAUAUGAUAGACAAUGUAAUUCUGCUCAUGAAUGGAGCAUUGCAAAAGAAGUCUGUGAAAGAAGUUCUAGCCAAGUGUCACCCACUGGGCCGUUUCACGGAGAUGGAAGCAGUCAACAUUGCAGAGACCACCUCAGAUCUCUUCAAGGCUGUGCUGGUUGAAACACCAUUAGCUCCUUUCUUCCAAGAUUGUAUGUCUGAAGAUACUCUCGAUGAACUGAAUAUUGAAUUACUGCGCAAUAAGCUAUACAAGUCUUAUCUUGAGGCAUUCUACAAAUUCUGCAAGGAUCAUGGUGAUGUCACAGCAGAAAUUAUGUGCCCCAUUCUUGAGUUUGAGGCCGACAGGCGUGCUUUAAUCAUUACUCUAAACUCAUUUGGCACUGAAUUGAGCAAAGAAGACAGGGAGACCCUCUUCCCCACCUGUGGCAAGCUCUAUCCUGAGGGACUGCACUUGUUAGCUCAAGCUGAAGACUUUGAGCAAAUGAAGAGAGUAGCAGAUAAUUAUGGAGUUUACAAGCCUUUGUUUGAGGCUGUAGGUGGCCCUGGGGGAAAGACAUUGGAAGAUGUUUUCUAUGAGCGAGAGGUGGAAAUGAAUGUUCUGGCAUUCAACAGGCAAUUCCACUAUGGUGUGUUCUAUGCAUAUGUAAAGUUGAAGGAGCAAGAGAUGAGAAAUAUCGUGUGGAUAGCAGAAUGCAUCUCACAGAGACAUCGAACUAAAAUCAAUAGUUACAUUCCAAUUUUAUAAACCAGUAACAAGACCUCAAAUGCAGAAAA